AACUUUGUCGUUCGCCCUAACAAAAAUCAUAAAGUAACAAAGGGCAAAGAUUCCGCGAAGUACAGAAACUUUUGUAAACCAAACCGCAGAGGAUAAAAGUCUUGACCCGGACUCAACGACUCCUAUAUUCUUCGCGUAACAUUAGUGAUCAUUGUCUUUAUUCUCUUUUCUUCUUCUCUUUCGUCAAUUCAAUUAUAUUUCUCAGGUUUUGUAAAAGGGUUGGGUUCAAUUUUGAUAGAAGAAAAAGAUGUGGGCAGCCUCUUGCCUUGCCUCGUGCUGUGCUGCAUGCGCUUGUGAUGCAUGUCGCACUGUGGUGUCUGGGAUCAGCAGGAAGUCAGCUAGGAUUGCGUAUUGUGGACUCUUUGCUCUCUCUUUAAUUGUUUCAUGGAUUCUUCGUGAGGUUGCUGCUCCUCUCAUGGAGAAGAUCCCUUGGAUUAAUCAUUUUCAUCAGACGCCUGACAGGGAGUGGUUUGAAACAGAUGCCGUGCUGCGAGUUAGCUUGGGAAAUUUUCUCUUUUUCACUAUUUUGUCGAUUUUGAUGAUUGGUGUGAAAACUCAAAGAGAUCCUCGCGAUGGUUUGCACCAUGGUGGAUGGAUGAUGAAAGUCAUCUGCUGGUGCCUUCUCGUGAUUUUUAUGUUUUUCCUCCCAAAUGAGAUUGUCAGCUUCUAUGAAUCAAUAUCAAAGUUUGGUUCAGGAUUGUUUCUUCUUGUUCAAGUUGUUCUUCUGUUGGAUUUUGUGCACAAAUGGAAUGACACAUGGGUUGGAUAUGAUGAGCAGUUCUGGUAUGUUGCUCUACUAGUCGUUUCCCUUGUUUGUUAUGUGUUGACCUUUGGCUUCUCGGGACUUCUUUUCCAUUGGUUCACACCAUCCGGUCAUGAUUGUGGGCUCAACACCUUCUUUAUCGUCAUGACCUUGAUUUUUGUGUUCCUAUUCGCUGUGGUUGCCCUGCACCCUGCUGUAGGUGGCAGUAUUUUGCCUGCUUCAGUUAUAUCUUUGUAUUGCAUGUACCUAUGCUACAGUGGACUUUCAAGUGAACCAAGGGACUAUGAAUGCAAUGGUCUCCACAGGCAUUCUAAAGCUAUUUCCACGGGCUCCCUUACCCUUGGCCUGGUUACCACUGUUCUAUCAGUAGUAUAUUCUGCAGUGCGAGCUGGAUCUUCUACAACUUUGCUUUCUCCACCAAGUUCACCCCGUGCAGGAAAGCCUUUGCUUCCAAUGGACAGCAAGAGUGAGGAGUCAGAAGAAAAGGAAAAGGCUAAGCCUGUGUCAUAUUCAUAUGCCUUCUUCCACAUCAUUUUCUCUCUUGCAAGUAUGUAUUCGGCAAUGCUUCUGACUGGGUGGUCUACGUCAGUAGGGGAGAGCGGGAAGUUGGUCGAUGUUGGUUGGCCAUCUGUGUGGGUUAGGGUCGCAACUGGGUGGGCAACUGCAGCUCUUUACAUAUGGUCUCUGGUUGCUCCGAUCUUGUUUCCGGACAGGGAGUUCUAAGUCCAAAAAUAAACUCUGCAUACAAAUAUCGUCGAAGUACUAUAUAUGUGUGAUGCAGCUUUUCGAGUCCCUGACACCAGUGGAUUCUGUGUAAAUACUGCUUAUGAUGUAGUAACUAAAUCCUGCUUGUGAACAUGCUAAAUUCCUGAAUGGUGUAUGUGCUUUGUUUCUGUUAUUUGUUGUUUGAAUUCUUCUCAGAAGUUUAUGACCCUCUACAUGGUUAAUGGUGUCUGCUUUA